AUCAUUAAAAAUAGCGGAGAGGGUGUGAGAGAGUGCGGUAGCAACAUAGCCCUCAAUGGCAAUUUGGUGGCUGGAGAAGGCUGCAUGAGCCCCGGAAUAUGUAUUUCGCGCAUGUCCUCAUCCGGGACCGACUCAAUUUUAGGAUACUUUGACAGCAUCGUGGCUCUUUCCAAGCGGGUUCACCAAGUUUUUAUUUUUUUAGAUUGUAUUUUUAUGUCAUCUUUUUUUAUUACACAGGCUAUAAAAUCAUUUUUAUUCCAUAUCUGAAUAGAUGUAUUGCCAGUCAAUGUGUCUUUAUGAAGCACUCAACUAUUUGUGAAUUCCUCUAGGAAGAACAGGUGUUAAAAAUCUGCGGAUUCAAUACAAACGAAGGCAAAAAAUUGUUACAAAGUUGCAAUUUAGCGUUUGGAUAGAAACAACACAGGAAGAGGUCUUGAAGACGGAUGUAACUCCAUGACCAAUGUCGUGCGCGGUAACGAAUUUGUGAUUUGGCAAAUGUUACUCCCAACAUUGUGACAGUAGUACUUUCCUCGACGUGCUUUGGAUUUGUCUUCUACGUUCAACGAAUUGGACCAGUAGCCUAAUUGUCGGGCAGAAACCAAGACAUGGGGACUCAGGGCACCGGACGAAAAAGAAAUCCCAAUAAGGACAGGUCGACGGCCGAGGAUGAUGCCCUUAAUCUCAUAUCAAGAGAGGCAGAGGCCAGGCUGGCAGCAAAGAGGGCGGCCAGGGCAGAGGCUCGAGAAAUCCGUAUGAAGGAGCUGGAGAGACAACAGAAAGAGAUCUAUCAGGUUCAGAAGAAAUAUUACGGCUUGGACAACAAAUCAGACAAAGUAGACAGCGAAUGGGGACACAUCGAGCAAUGGAUGGAGGACAGUGAGAGGUACUCACGCCCCACACAAAGACAUACUUCGAUCUCAGACGAUGAUGAGCGGAUGUCUGUGGGCAGCCGAGGCAGUGUGAGGUCGGAUCUUGAUGCAAUAGGGGCCUACGGAAGAGGGGGCUCCUCGUCCCUUUCACAGGAGAAGGACAAGAAGUCCAAGAAAAAGAAGAAACACAAAGACAAACACAAAGAUCGUGACAGCAACGGCUAUGACAAUGAGUACAGUGCUAUAUCCAGUCGGAGCUCCAGACUCAGUGAUGAGAGCAUUAGCAAGGUCUCUCGCUCCUCCAGACUGGACCUGCAGCCGGCAACCUAUGCUUCCUCUGACCUUAACAGCAACAAUGGUCUGUCCUCUUCUAGGCAACGGCUUUCUUCCUACGAGGGCUCUUUAUAUGAGGACAGUCUGUACAGUGGGUCUCGACGGGUGACCGGCUCCAGCUCUCGUCAUUCAGAGUACAAUAGUUAUCGCGGCAGCGGUUCCAGGGCGUCCUCCAGGGCCAGCUCAGCCCGUGCCAGCCCAGUGGAUGAUGACUGCAACUCUGUGGCCAGUUUCCUGCGCAGCGCGGCCACCAGCAGUGGCCUGCCCAGAGACCUGGAUCACAUGACCAUCCCCAAUUUAUCAGACGUGGAGGACAGAGAUUACCUGGAAAAGGGAUCUCGAGCCGCUUCCACCCUAUCGGCAGCCACCCUCGCCUCGCUGGGUGGGUCUUCCUCCCGGAGAGAAAGUGGUGAAACGUCAAUCACUGGCGACACAGAAACCUCCAUACGAGAGAUCAAGGAGAUUCAUGAGCUGAAGGAUCAGAUCCAAGAUGUGGAGUCAAAGUACAUGCAGAGCCUCAAAGAAGUCAAGGAUACCUUAGUGGAGGUGGAGGAGAAGUACCGCAAGGCCAUGGUGUCCAACGCCCAGCUGGACAACGAGAAGAACAACCUGAUGUACCAGGUGGACACGCUGAAGGACUCACUCAUGGAGCUGGAGGAGCUGCUGUCCGAGUCACGCCGCGAGUACGAAGGGAAGAGCAAGGACUUUGAGCGUGAGAAACAUGCCCACGGCGUGCUGCAGUUCCAGUUCAACGAGAUGAAGGAAACGCUAAAACAGAGCGAGGCGUUACUAACAGAGAUCCGUCAGAUGCGUCUCAAGCAGGACGGCUUUGUUAGGGAAAUCUCUGACCUGCAGGAAACCGUGGAGUGGAAGGAUAAAAAGAUUGGGGCCUUAGAGCGGCAAAAGGAGUAUUCGGAUGCCAUCCGAAAUGAGCGGGAUGAGCUCAGGGAUGAGGUGGUCCAGCUGAAAGACAUUCUGAAGAAACAAGGAAUUGUCCUCAGACCUGACCUGACUGCCAAUGGGGAAACGCUGGAGUUGGGAACUGAAGGGUCAGCCAGUGGAGAUCCAGCUUCUCAAUUGGCUCAGAACUCCCAGAUGUCGCCCAUGGAAGGGGGGAACAGCAUGCUUGGCAGAGCUCAGGAGACGGAGUUGGGAAGUAGAGGAGAUAAGGUGGUGGAUCCAGGAAGGUCCAGGCAGCAAGAGGAUACACACGAGGAGGAGGCUCAAGAGAACCAUCUGACCUCGCCCACCCCGUGUAGCCUUGUUGGUGUUUCUGAAACAGAAACAUCAAGGGAGGCUCAGCCAGUCUCGCCCACAUUGGGGGAAGAGGUUGAAGGCAGUGAUGUCAACAAAGACUCUGACAAUGGCAUACCAGUAGUAGAGGUCAAAAGUGGACCGGUCUGUGAUUCUGAGGUACUUGUGGUUGUAACAGGUCCUGAGGAAGAGGUUACAGUAGCGGGGGAGGGGUAUGAAGCAGCAGGUGUAGAGGGGACAGGGCAAGGCAGAGUAGAGGUUGCAAGCAAAGGGGAAAUGGGAAUAAAAAAUGACAAGGCAGAUGAGGCAGAGACCAAAGCUGUCAAGAGCAGUGACGACACCAAAGAGACGUCCUCAAAAGAGCCGACCUCAGAAUAUGGUGCAGCAGCUGAACAAGAGAAAAACGAAUCAAGUAAAGAGGACGUGAAAUGUUUAGACUCGUAUCCUCUGCCUAGGGAAACCAUUGAGGACACCAUGAAAAAUGGCACACAGAUUAGCCAAGGGACAGACCUUGAUACUCCUAAGAGCCCAGUCGAAUCAAACCCUGAGUCUCAACCUGAGCCUCAGAAAACAAAAAAGGCUGAAGCGUUACCAGAGAUAACUGACCUGCAGCCACAGGCCCAAGCAGGCAACAAGAAGAAGAAAGGCAAGAAGAAGAAGGGAGAGACACAAAGCGAUGUAAAGCAGAAAGACCAUAAGAAGAGCACAACAGAAAAGUGUGUAGUCUCCAUGACAAAUGGCACACAGAUUAGCCUAGGGACAGACCUUGAUACUCCUAAGAGCCCAGUUGAAUCAAACCCUGAGCCUCAACCUGAGCCUCAGAAAACAAAAAAGGCAUAUGUGUUACCAGAGACCACUGACAUGCAGCCACAGUCCCAAGGAGGCAAGAAGAAAAAGAAAGGCAAGAAGAAGGGAGAGAAACAAGGUGAUGAAACACAGGGAGAUAAGAUGAGCAAAACAGAAAAGGAUGAGGUCUCCACCCCAACCGAUAAGGAGCCAGUAGAGGCGGUAGGAGAGGGGGUUAUCACAAUAGAGACACAGCAGCAUCUAGAGGGGACCAGUAGUUCACCAGAUCGAGAGCUCCAAAGCCCUGAACAAAAAGCACAAACCAUAGCUGAGGAGGGACUGAACCUGAAGGAAGAACAACUAGAAGAAGACCGAGUAGAGGUUAAAAGCGAGGAGCCUACCAUUGAAGUAUCUCUGACUGACCAAGCUAAGAGUGAGGAAGUUGUCUCAAAGAAGAAAAAGAAGAAAAUGAAAAAGGACAAACAACCUACAAUGGAAUCAGAGAAAUCAGAAGGCGAGAUAUCAGUAUUAUCCCUUGAGUCCAACAUUGGUAUUGUUGAUCCUGUUGAUCACUCCAAGUGUAUAACCAGCGCUUAUAACCCGAUGGAGGAAUUAGAAUCGACAACAAAUACUGGUACCCAAAAGGACGAGUCAGGGUACACAACCAACCCUGAUAACUUUGGAGACUGUUUGAACUCUUCAGCUGACCCAAAAUGUCCAUUGGACUCGAAACAGUCCACAGCUGGGAAUUCAAACAAAGAGGAAGAUACAAUCAAGGUCUCAGUUGAAGAGGCUCAAACAAUCCAAGACACAAAGGAACAGGGGAAUAACUUUCACAGUCCCAUCGUUCUAAGACCAGAGCUCAAGAAGAGCGUGGAACCUGAAGACCUUAUCUUCCAUGAUGGUGUCACUACUCACCCAGACCAGGCUAAUGAAAAUGCGACACAAGACCUAAAAGAGGCAGGUCAGGAUAAACAAAUUGGGAGCCCAGAAGAGCGUACAAAUGCACUUGAACAUGAAUACACUUCAAUGGCACUGCCAGCAAAUGUAGAGAAAUGCAACAAUUCAGCAGAUGAAAAAUGUUGUAGCAUAUCGCUUGACUGCAACUGCCCUGCUGCUGAGACCAUAAGACUGCCUGAACAAUUGGUGGAUCUACCUGGUUGUCUAGUCACUGACAGGCACUUGUAUGAAAACAACAGGACAGAAACACUUGAUGCAGAAGAGGCAUCAAAUGGGGGGAUCUCUAUAGAGACCGAGCUGAAUGAUACAGAGACACGACUACAGGACCCAUUAAAAGAAACUCCGGUGACAAUUGACUCUUUUAGGGAACAGAGCCACAAUGAAAGUGGACCAUGCACUAUGCUGGCUAAAGCAGAAGAGCAAGAUGAUCCCAUUGAGGCCAAGCUGGAGGGUAACAAGGUACCUGGACCCAGUGAGCAGUGGAAUGACGAGGAGAAUGAAAAUGAGGGUCAAUCGUUUGACUUUUCUGACCUAGUUUCAGUGGUUCCUGCAAAUGUAUUCCCAAUAACAUCCCAAGAGGAGGUCAGCCAGGAAAUGAGAACGAUGUUGGUAGGAUACAAAAUAGAGGUAGAGCCUGGUAAAGCGAAGGCUAACAAGGAAGAGGAGGAUGACAAACCUCAGGACACAGAGGGAGUUAGCAUGAUAGUGGCACAGCAAUCAGUUGAUGGGCGGUCAGAUAAUGCACCAGAGGAGCUCCGAAGCCCUGAAGAAAAAGCACAAACCAUAGUUGAUGGCCAGAACGUGAAUGAAGAACAACAACUAAUCACAUUAGAGGAAGGGGUUAGUGUAACAUACAAACAGAAAGACAUUGUAGAGGAGGGAAUGAGUGUGACUGUUGAACAGCAAGGUGUAGAAGAGCGCGAGAGGCAGCAGAAUGCAACUGAGGUAGAGGCUUUGCCAGUAGAGGAGGGGGAAGAGGCAAUCCAGUAUGGGUCACAGCAGGGUAGAAGAGAAAGUAGUCAAAGUACAGAGGAUUCAGCAGAGGGCAACAAUGAGCAAUCUAGGACAGGCUUGAAAAAAGGCAGUAAGAAAGUAAAAGGCAAGGGAAAAGAGGACUGCCGAAUGUCCUAGUUUUUAGGUCUGCACUCAAUAUUAACAACAGCAAACAUUUAUGAAAAAGAGUCUCAACUACUACAGCCAAAGCAAGUACCAUUCAAAUUCCUUCCAAAGUUAUAAUUCGAUGUACUGUAUUUUGAGGUCCAAAAGUAUUUGUGACACAUUUUUUGUUUUGGCUUUGUAUUCCAGCACUUUGGAUUUCAAAUUAUACAAUGACUAUGCGGUAAAGUGAAGACUGUCAGCUUUAAUUUGAGCGUACUUUUUGUUCAGCACUUUUUAUACAUGCUCUAGUCCCCCCAUUUUAGGGAACCAAAAGUAUUUGGACAAAUUCAUUUGUGUGUUAAAGUAAUCAAAAGUGUAGUAUUUGGGCCUAUAUUCUUAGUACUCAAUGACUACACUAAGCUUGUUGGAUGCAUUUGCAGUUUGUUUUGGUUGUUUCAGAUUAUGUUGUGCUAAUACAUUAUUUACCAUUACAUUUAUAUUGUCACUUUUAUUGUAAAUAAGAAUAGAAUGUUUCUAAACACUUCUACAUUAAUGUGGAUGCUACCAUGAUUACGAAUAAUGGUGAAUAAUGAUGAGUGAAAAGGUUAGAGGCACAAAGACCAUAGUUCCAAAACAUGCUAAACAGGAGAGGUUGAGGGGGAUGAUGUGUAUGGCCCUGUCAUUUUCUCACUCAUCAGUAUUCACGAUUCAUUCAUGAUUAUCCAUAAUCAUUGUAGCAUCCACAUUAAUGUAGAAGUGUUUAGAAAUAUUAUAUUCUUAUUUACAAGAAAAGUGACUCCAAAAUGACACCAUACAUUAUUUACCAUACAUUUCUAUUGGGCAUAAGCUUGAUGUAGUCAUUGCUUGGAAUAUGGGACCAAAUACUAAACAUUUGACUACUUUAAUACACAUAAGUGAAUUUGUCCAAAUACUUUUGGUUCCCUAAAAUGGGGGGACAAUGUACAAAAAGUGCAGUCUUUUCUAAACAGGUACCCCAAUUUGGAUGAAAAUACCCUCAAAUUAAAGUUGACUAUGAUAAACAUUAGACAUAUAAUGGCCAUGCAACAACAAAUAUGCCACUGUCCAAAUACUUUGACUUCACAGAAUGUGGGUAUUUUAGCUCAUUUUUAGGGAAGUUUGUCAUAAGGGGUGGGUAAUCUUACCACGCAGGCUGUUUUUACCCAAACAAGCAGUAACACACCUGAUUCAACUAAGAAAACCAUUAAUUUAAGACUAGUAGUAGUUGAUAAGUAUAAUCAAUCAAAUGUGUUACUACUUGCCUGGCCCUGGUAGGGUACAUUGCCCAUAGUCUCGUAUAAAUCUGCAGCACCUAUAUACCUAUACUGUAAUAAUAUAAUACUGAUUGAUUGAAUUACAGUAUGUUUUUCUUCAUCUAUUCAAGGCACAAUGUUUAUAUUGCAAUGCAUGAUAUUCGUAUCGUCAUACCGUCCUUCUCUCAUUCCGUGAUUUAUGGAAUUACCGGCCUAGUACACAAGGGGGCGGCAAAAAAAAACAAAACCCAUUGGCCGUCUUACCAGAAUGCUAACAAAAUUGGCACAAGUAAUAGUGAAUUUCCAUGGAGGCUGCUAGCUAAAUAUGUUAACGAGCCCAAACGAAAAUAAAUAAAUUGCAAAGACAGGCAAUCCAGCUCAUAAAGGUAUACAUAUAUAGGUAGGAGCUACCAAAUGUCAUUUUUGGACAUUUACAAGCGAAAUGUGAAUGACAGACAUUGUGCAAAUUAAGUUUUGACGCAUGCUUGUCUGAAGUAAAAACAGUACUGGCACUGGAGCAGCAUGUGUACACACUUUGUCUGUGUGGAGUCGCUAGGGAAGGGGCCUGCCUGCUCAGACGGAACGUGAACGAAGAGGAGAAAAAAAACGCAAGGAAAUCAAACAGUGGCAGCCUUACAGAUAAUUUAUCCAAAGGGCUUUGAGCUCUCAAACACAGCAGAAAGCUGACACCAUACGAUUCCCCGUCACCUUAUUAAUUCAGCCACUUACUUAGACAACUAACAAGUUCAACUUAGGGGUCACGUUAAUGCAGAAUUCUGUGUUUUUAACGCAGGGGAAAAAAUAAAACAUAUAUCUUGCUGAAUUUUGUAAACGCAGAUCUAAAAUGCUUAUUAAAAUUUCUGCUCGGCAUCAGACUACUUUUGUGCUUGUUUCACUUCUCCACUCAGAUGAGAAUUCACAAACGAGCAUUCUAUCAGCAGACAGUUCUCUGAAUGAUGUGUAGCUACUUUCCUGAUACUUUUCUCAGUUUAGCCAGACUACUUUUCUCUUGUAAAAUGCAAGAUUAACUUUAAGCAAAACAUUAGGAAAAGUAGCUGGCUACAUUCUUUCUAUGAUAAACAUUCUAAAUACAGGUAUGAUGGCCAUGCAUCGUUUUUGCAAGAAAGACCUUGCUUUUUCAUUGUGAGCUCAUUUACUUGUGUGGCUGCCAACCAAAUAGCGUUGCACUUCUGUUGAUAAAAAGGAAGCUAUUUUCUGUCGAAUGUGCUGCACUAAUGUAUUUUCUGUGAAGGAAAACUAUAGUUGCACUUCCCUGAUCACCCUUGAAGCAAAAAACACGACUUUAAAUAUAAAACUCGACCCUUGUCAAUACACAGCUGGACUGCUCCCGCUUUCUCCCAUUGUACUAUUUACAAAUAAACAUGUUAAGAGUAGGGGUGUUAACCCCGGUGUUUUGGCUAAAUUCCCAAUCUGGCCCUAAUACCAUCAUCGCCACCUAAUCAUCCCCAGCUUCCAAUUGGCUCAAUCAUCCCCAGGACAUUGCUGUAAAUGAGAAUGUGCUCUCAGUCAACUUACCUGGUAAAAUAAGGGUUAAAUAAAUAAAUAAAAAUAAACUAUCUCAACUGUUCUGGGGGAAAUACGGUAAGCUUCAUAAUGUGAAAUGAAGAACACGAUCUGCUGUAUCUGCUAAAGUAUUGCACAAGUUGACUGCAGGUGCUUUACUUAAAAAGUAGCUACAAAUAUUACAAUUUUUUUGAAAACAUAAAAGAAAUAGUUUCCCCUGGCUAUUUCCAAAUACGGUAUACCGCCCAAGCCUAGUCAAAAGUUUGCACAGAACAAAAAAAAUGUUCUUGCUUGGUGUAUUUUGAUGAAGAGAGAAACUAACCGAUUGAGAUUGUCUCAUGCCAUAAAAUAAUUGGCAGAAAAAUCCUCCAUGUUACAAGUCCAUUCCAUGUAGGCAAUGAUAUCAGGUGAAAUCCAAGCCCUAGGAUAUCAUGUGCAUACUGUAAAAUUGCUUUGUGUUCAGUAUAUGCCAUGUUUCCUGAAUUCAUAUGAUGAUAUGACUGCUAGACAAAUUGUAUACAGUGUAAGAAUAUGACUCCCUUGUUAAUCACUGGUCUAAAUGUUUCUUCAUGUGCAGUUUUUGUAAGGAAAUACCUUCUGACCCUUUUCAGGAUUUGAAUAAAAUAAAGAAUUACACACUUUGAGAAAUAAA